CACAUCAAUUUUGUACGUCGCGCGCUCUCAUCUUUCCUCUUCAUUCCCUUUUCUUAUAAAAGGACUCCCGCACUCCGCCUUUCCUUCCAUUCACACUCGUUGUUUCCCUUCGCUAUCUGCUCUCAUCCAUAUAUAUAUACACAUUUUAUAUACAUACAUUCAUUUUUUUUUCUUAGAGAGAGAAACUCUGUUUAGAGAGAGAAGAAAUCAACUAAGCAGCUUAGUUCAUCAAUGGCGAUUUCUCUGAGAAUCAUCCCUCUCUGUGCGUUUCUUACCGCGCUGCUGUUUUUCAACGCAAUUGCGCUGAGUGAAAGAACUGAAGAAAUUAGGCAGCGGAAGAGCUUGAGAAACUUGAGAAACUCAACAAUGGCGGAAAGGUUAGAGGAAUUUGAUAAUCCACACGCUGUAGAUGAUCCAGAAGCUAUCGCUACCAUGGUUAACAUGGCUAUACGUAACAGCACCGAGAGAAGAAAGCUAGGGUUCUUCUCAUGCGGCACCGGGAACCCAAUCGACGACUGCUGGCGGUGCGACCGGAACUGGAUCCGCAACCGCCGCCGCCUCGCCGACUGCUCGAUCGGCUUCGGCCGCAACGCCGUCGGCGGAAGGGACGGCCGUUUCUACGUGGUCACCGACCCCAACGACUACGACGCGGUCAACCCCCGGCCGGGGACCCUCCGGCACGCCGUGAUCCAGGACCGGCCGCUCUGGAUCGUGUUCAAGCGCGACAUGGUGAUCACCCUGAAGCAGGAGCUGAUCAUGAACAGCUUCAAGACGAUCGACGCCCGCGGCGCCAACGUCCACAUCGCCGGCGGCGCGUGCAUCACAAUCCAGUACGUCACCAACAUCAUCAUCCACGGACUACACAUCCACGACUGCAGGCGCACGGGGAACGCUAUGGUGCGGGCCUCCCCAUCGCACUACGGGUGGAGGACAAUGGCCGACGGCGACGGGAUCUCCAUCUUCGGCGCCAGCCACAUUUGGAUCGACCACAAUUCCUUGUCCAGCUGCGCCGAUGGCCUCAUUGAUGCCAUCAUGGGAUCCACCGCCAUCACCAUUUCCAACAAUUUCUUCACCCACCACAAUGAGGUUAUAUUAUUGGGGCACAGCGAUUCGUACACGAGAGACCGGGCUAUGCAGGUCACCAUUGCGUACAACCAUUUUGGAGAGGGCCUGAUCCAGAGAAUGCCAAGGUGCAGGCAUGGGUAUUUCCAUGUGGUGAACAAUGACUACACACACUGGGAAAUGUAUGCUAUAGGUGGCAGUGCCAAUCCCACCAUUAACAGCCAAGGCAACAGAUAUCUAGCCCCGUAUAACCCUUUUGCUAAACAGGUAACACACAGAGUAGUAGGCAAAGGUAUAUGGAGGCACUGGAACUGGAGAUCAGAAGGUGAUCUUAUGCUAAACGGAGCAUUUUUCAUCCCGUCGGGACGUGGGGCCGCAGCAAACUACGCACGUGCCUCAAGUCUAGCAGCUAAAUCAUCUUCAAUGGUAGGAACUCUCACCUCUGGGGCGGGUGCACUUGGCUGCCGCAGAGGCGCACAGUGCUAGUGUGGGGCGGGAGGCUCAUCAUCUCAUAUUUUUAAAAUUAAACAAACAUAAACCAAAAAAAAAAAAGAAGAAAAAAGCUCCUAAAAAAAUCUUUACAUAUAUAUAUCCUUCCAAGUUAAAAAAUUCUUAUGGCAAUUAUGGUCAGCAAAAUCCUCUUUCAGUGUCGUAAACCGUCAAUUUCGUGGCUGCCUUAAUUUCCUCCUAUGAUUUAUAAUAUUAUGACAAGUGUACAUUUCUCUUUCUCUCCUCCUACGAUUUCGCCGUUGCAUCUCUGUUUGUAGUCUUGAGGGUAGUUUUUGCAAGCUGAGGAGAGAGGAAAUAUUUGAGCUUCAAGAAUUUGGUGUAAUUCUCAAUGUACUAGUGUAAUUAUGGUCCAUAUUAUUAUGUAUUAUGAUCGAUAGUUUUGUAAAUCGAUGAUCAAGUCGAAUACAAUCCAAUUUUCAUUGUAUUAAUAAUGUAUUAUUCUAUGCUA